UGAUGUAAGGGGAGCGUCUGUAUGUUCUCAGGGCAUGUUGGCAGCCGGGAACAUAAAGGCAUCACAUUCUGCUUAGUAGAAGAACGCCACACUUCCCCAGAGAGCCCUGAGAAGCUGCUCCAGAACGGGCCAAAGGACAUGGAGGGUUUGCUGGUGGUUUUACUUCUUCACCUGUGUGUUACGCUGCCCGGUGUAGACGGUGUCCCACAGCUGAGACGGCAGAAGAGGGACUGGGUUAUUCCCACAAGAAAGCUAAAAGAGAAUCUUGACUAUCGCAAUAUAAGCCAUGUCGCUAGGAUUCGUUCAGAUUCAGAUAAGAUCCACAAACUGUACUACGGCCUGAUGGGCCCCGGGGCCAGUGAAGACCCCAUCAACCUGUUUAUGGUGGAUGAGAAUUCUGGUUUGGUGCGUGUCCGUGGAAUACUGGAUAGAGAGCAGAGAGAAACAUACAUUCUGACAGGAGUGGCCAGGUUUCGUAACGGUACCAUCGCUGAAGCAAAGAUCGACCUCAGAUUUGAUGUAGAGGAUGAAAAUGACAACUCACCUGUUUUUGCCACUGUAUCACCAGCUUACAUUGUAGAAGGCAGUCCAGGAGGCACUCUGGUUGGUGUGAUUACAGCGACUGAUUUAGACAAAGCUAACACCUCAUACUCAAAGAUCUCCUACAGCAUCAUGAAGCAGGAACCUGCUGACGGACAAAACCACUUCAGGAUAGACCGACACACUGGAUCUAUCUACGUCAAAGAUGACACCUUAGACCGAGAGAGACAAAGCUCCUACACUUUGACAAUUAGAGGAGUUGAUAUGGAUGGGGCUCCGAAAGGCAACACCGGAACUGGUACGAUUGUUGUCAGAGUCACAGACAUCAACGAUAACCCGCCAAAGCUGGAAAAAGACGAGUACUCAGCUAGUAUCAUGGAGAACACAGCUGAUGUGGAGGUUCUGAGGGUCAAAGUCCAGGAUACUGAUCAGGCAGGAACAGAAAACUGGCUUGCUGUUUUCGACAUCAUUUCUGGAAAUGACGAUGAGAUAUUCGGCAUAUCCACUGACCCUAAAACCAACGAAGGUGUCCUGGUGCUAAAAAAGCCCGUUGACUUUGAGCAAAACCCUGAUAUAAAGCUGGGAGUAAUAGUAAACAAUGUAGCUCCGAUUGCGGGGGAAGGUGAUGGAGAUGGAGAUGGAGAAGGCGACGGAGGAGGUGGUGGAGGUGGGGGAGGUGCAGGUCCAGGUGCUGGGCCUACUGGAGGUGGUGGUACAGGCCCAAGUGUUGGUCUUGGUGCUCCUGGGGUUCCCGGUGCUCCUGGGCCUUCAGUGAAAGCCCCCGCCAAAGGUCCAGGUAUAGCUACUGGUGCCAGUGCUGGUGCUGGAGGUAUUCCAAACAAAAAGCGUCCCAAGAAAAAAAAGAAACCUACAGGCAAAGUCUACGCAGUGAAUAUUGGAGUCAUUAAUGAACCCGAAGGCGCCACUUUUAAACCUGCAGUGAAGCCUGUCUCUGUUUCGGAGAACCCCAAAGACAGUCCAAAAAAUGGGGUGAUUGCAGUCUAUGGAGCCAUUGACGCAGACACUGGAGAACCUGCAGAGAACGUUCAAUACGUUAAAGGCUAUGAUCCUGACAACUGGCUCCAGAUCGACCCUAAAACAGCAGAGAUUAGACUUCAGAAGGCCCCGGACAGAGAAUCCCCAUAUGUGGUCAAUGGAACUUACAUUGCUAAAAUACUAAGUUUGACAAAUGACAUGCCGGCUAAAACAGCCACAGGAACGAUAGCGCUACAGGUGGGAGACGUAAAUGACAACUGCCCUGAAUUGACCACUACUGUGGAGUACAUUUGCGAAGGCACUGCAGCCAUUAACGUCACUGGACACGAUGACGAUGGAGACCCCAACGGUGCCCCCCUCUCUUUCAGUGUAGUUGCUGAGAAGAGUAGGUGGGAGUGGAAAGUGGAGCCUUUAGAUGGUACCCGUGCAACUCUUAGGCCUGUGCAUCCACUGUGGCCUGGUUUCUACGAGGUUUUCCUCAUCAUCAGUGACCAGCAGGGCUUUGCUUGCCCAGACCCUCAGUCCCUGGAAAUUCAUGUGUGUUCCUGUAAAAACAACGGGACCUGUGGGGCUGAGGUGGUCCUGGCUAAAGCAGCUUCUCUGAAGGACUCACAUUCCAACUUUGGGGGAACGGGAGUGGCUGCAGUGAUCCUCGGUCUUGUUGUGAUGCUUGUUGCAGGUCUCUUACUGGCCAGCUGCAGAUGUGGAUCAGUGAUUGGAGAUUUUUCCGAUAUUCCUUAUGAUGCUCAAAAUCACCUAAUGGUGUAUCAUACAGAGGGCCAAGGGGAGGACAAGGAGGUUCCUCUGCUCAGCUCUCCUGUUCUCAUGUCACGUGCUGUGAUGUCUCCUGUACGAGCAAAUAUAAACACUUAUGAGACAUCUAUGGGCGCUACGUACGACAUGUACCAUUCCUCCGUCAGAGGCAACCAUGGAUUUAAGGAAAGCAAUUACGACUUGAGGGCAAGUCACAGAGAGCUGUACUCUGCAAGAGAGGAACAAGAACUACAGUAUGAAAGAUUUGAUGGUUUAGCGUUGCCGGCUUUGUUUCUGCAUGAGUACUACUCACAGAGAGCAAGUUAUACAGCAGAGGAGGAGGCUGCUACAGACGGGGUGUUGGAGUACGCAUAUGAGGGCCAAGGUUCGCCUGCAGGGUCAGUGGGCUGUUGCAGCAACCUGCAGUCUCAAGACGACCUGCAGUUUCUCGAUGACCUAGAGCCAAAAUUUAGAACUCUGGCAGACAUCUGUUCUCCGACGAGACCUUCAGCACCUCCAACUACUAAAAGAAUCGUCAUCUCAGAGGUAAAUAAAGUUAAGCAGAUUCCUGGGCCCCCAGUGGAGAUGAAACAAACCACUGUCCAGCACCAGAACCCAGUCCAUCAUCAGAGUGUUAGCAUUACAAAAACAUCCACCACUGCUACGGUGAAUGAUGGAGCAGGCACCAACAGAAGGAGUCCUACAACCAUGAGCAAACCCAGUGCUACAGUGGUAGAUGGACCAGCCGCAAACAGAACCAGCACAACGGUCUGUAAUGGAACAGCCACCAGCAGAACACAGGAGAAGUUUGCUCACACCAGCAGCAGCUUGGUCCAGUCAUCUCCUGUCAGCCCUAUACCCACAGCUAUGAUGCCCUCUCUUGGCCAACCACUUCUAUUACAACAACAGCCUUCCUACUACAUCACCACCCCUAUGAUGCAGCCUAUGCACUACAUGGUCCAACCACAGCUCCAGAACACUAUGCUCCUCGCUGAAGCACCCGCUUCCAACCUGCCGGGAAUGGUACUGGUUAACGGAGGCUUCGGGCACACUGACCACAUCCUCCAAAUACCAAACACCUCAGGGAAUUUAGGUAGAACAAGGUCUGGAAGUUUGCAAAACAUCAACCAACCAUUAGAGGUGUGGCCACAGUCUGACAACCAAAGAGUGGUGAUAGGUGUCAGGGAGCCGAUUCCUGACAACUAUCACCACACUGACCACAUCCUGCACAUGGACAACCCUGCAAGGGCUUUAGGUAGAACAAGGUUUGGGAGUCUGCAAAAUGAUAGUGGACCAUUGGAAGUCUGGCCAAGCUCUGACAGCCAAAGAGUGGUGAUAGGAGUCAGGGAGCGGAUCAUGUCAGACAGUGGGGUAAGCACUGGGGAGUAUCAGGCUAAUGCAAUAAUGCUACCAAAUGGUCAAAACAUAGCAGUGAUUGACAUGGCAACCACAGCACCUGAGGGGGGGCUUGUGUCUACAGAGAAAGGAAAGAAAAAGAAAAGUGUACGACGGAUCAAAUCAGAGGGAGGUGUAAGCACUGAAUUGACACAAGCCAAUACAACAACACUGACAAAUGGCAAAAACAUCCAUGUGAUAACUAAUGGAGGCCCAGAUGUUUUUACAGGGAAAGUGGGGAGCAAAAAAACUAAGUUGAAGACAGCAAAUCAAUACAAACUUAAUUUCUAAGAAUUCAAUCUGAAAUGACAAUAUUGACAAUACAAGUUUGCACAAAAAGGUUAAAAAUUAUUUGUAUUUUCUAAAAGUGAUGUACUUUUUAUAGAACUUUAGGAGAAGCUAAGAGCAUUGGAGUAUUUCCCAAUGUCAGUAUCUAGACAUGGUUAAAAAAAAUACAAGCAAGCCAAAAUGUCUCUAAAAUCCUUUGAGAACGUUCUCUCUACUUACUGGCUGAUGUGUCUGGAGCAGGAGCAAGCAAAUUAAAGUAACUACAGCUACUACAACACGAACUGUUAUAAUCGGAACAAUACAUGUAUGUAGAGGAGCCAUUUAGUUAAAAGCUGGCAAAUGAUUUGGAUUAAGGCUGGAUCAUGUUGCCACCAUAACUCGUCUGGAGAUCAUCUGAAACCAAGACCAAGACAUUGUACAAGGUUUAGUCUGGGAAUGUUCAGUGCACAUCUGCCAAAACAAACUGCAUCAAGGGGGGCACUAACUGGGGCUGGAUCCAAACCCCACUGUCUGCACACCUUGACCCAUACCAACAUUCAUUUUCAGUAUUAAAUAGAUUGACUUGCAGUAAUGUUACCCUGUCUUAAUGAUCCCCUGAAAUUUCAUCUAGAAACAGCCACAGGGCUGCAUUGUGUAAUUUUAGUACUGCCAUCCCAAAUAAACAGUCAAAAGUCAAGAAGUCAGUACUUAAAAAAAAAAGGAAUAGGAGAAAAACACCAAAAAGGAAGUACUGUUUUGGCUACAUACAGUUUCA